AUGAAUCCUUUUCAUCUUUCGCCGUGCCGUGUCCACUUUUCUGCGGGCGCCACAAGUUGGCCCAAGAAAAUCUUGAAGAAGAAUUCGAGGUAGUAGAGAGAGAAUCUGUACGUAGGUGUGUGUGUGUGCGUGCUCGUGUCUUCACAGACAGCGGCAGAAGCAAUGUGGCUGGAGCCCCGGGGGAGAGAGGAGGGAACCCAAGAAUUUGUGCAGGGCAGUUGUUGAGAAAGAGAGUGCAGUGUGGGCUGCGGGUACGUGGUUCAAAGGCUUCGUCUUUUUCUGAGUGUCUCUCCGUCUUCUCGUUCGCUUUCUUUGAAAAAAAAAACGAGUUGAUGCGGGGAGGAAGAAAUUCCGGGAGUGGACUAUACGGCAUUAUAUUCCAGAUACAGGCAGAGAUACAGAGACUGCGGGAAAUUGUCCGCUAGAGAGAGAGAGAGAGAUGCUCCAACUUUUGCUUCAUGCAAACGCAACGUUGGGGACCCGGCUCUCCGCUUUUCCAUCACCUUUCUUCACCCACCCGAUUCCAUACUUCUCAUGAGGGGGGGAGGGAGUGAGAGAGAAACAGAGACAUUUGCAGCCUUUCCCUAAUUCUCUUCUGCUUUCCAGCACCACCUUCAGAAAGACGGUGAUUUUUAACACGACAACUAACUUUUCUCCCGCCAUUGGGAUCACUGAAAAUCUCUUCCUGAUGAUCUUCUCAGAGUGACGAGAAACUGGAUUUGUUAGCUUUCAUGGUCGGUGGGAAAAGGAAGGCAUCUUGGGGGUGGUUUGGGUUGUCCAACUUUUAGAUCAAUGGGGCUCUGAAGGGCCUUCUGAUAGUGGGGAGGGGCCACAUUGCGUUCUCCGAAAGAGGAGUUUUCUUCGUAUCUUCAUUAUCUCGUCCUUACUCCCGAAAUUAUAUAAAAGUAAUGUGGAAGUUUCGGCUACUUUUUCAAGCCUCUAUGUGAGAGAGAGGGAGAGAGAGAGAGAGAGAGUUGAAUUGGUGGGAUAAAGGUUGCUGAAUCAAGCUGCUUUUCGUUGGUCACUGUAUAAGCUUUAUUGGAUUUGGGUUGCCGAAAGGCGCCAAGAGACAGAGAGAGAGAGAGAGGUGUUUCGUUGAGGUACCAAUCUUGUUUGGCGGCAUUCAACGGCGAAGCGAGAUCGGAGGGACUCAAAUUCAGUGGUUCUGCUAGGAACUAGGCGGAUGAUGAAAGCGUGCAUUCGAUGACAGUUAGCAAUUUUAGGAGUCUGCUGUGAAUAUAUUUGAGUGAAGCUGCCGGCGGGGUUUGAGUCCUUUCUUUGCCACCAACAAUAGCCCAAACCGUUGAAGGUUUCCUGAGAUGGAGGUAGAGUUAAAAGGAUAAGAAAGAAGUUGAAGGGGGUUUCCUUAGAUGGAUGUCUUCUGCUCAAGUAAUCCUCAGAUAUUCUGAAAUUUUCUUGAUGUUGAAGGAGCACUCUAAGAACAUGAAAAGUCUUGACGGAGGUAUGCAGCAGAUUCAAGCAUGUUUUCUAUUGGCGGAGCUAACUUAAGGUGGCAGACGAUCCGUUGAUCCAUCCAAGGGCUUUAAACUGAUUGUCCAACCUUGGUGUGCUUGAAGGAAUUUAACAGUUAAAAUGAAGCAGAAAAUGAUGGACAAGCACCAUGUUCGGUGUGAGAAACACCAACCUGGUUGCGUGUGGGGUCUGCUUAGAAUCUUUGACUUCCACCAGGGUCAUUCUGUACAGAAAUUGCUAUCCGACAGAAGACUAAGAGAUGGUGCAAAUGCCAUUGUUGGUACUCAAUAUUCAAGGAGACUAAACUUCAGCAGCAGUUACAAAAAGCAAAAGGGACGCUAUUCUUCAGUUGACAAUGUAAUGGAAUGGAAAGAAUUAGAUGAAACAUGGAUGUCUAAAGCAAAUACUGAUCAAACAUAUCAAGCACAUGUGAAACCACAUAUGUACGAUGAAAUAUCUGAGGACAACAGUGAAGGUCACUUCUCCCCAGCUGUGUUGGAGAGGAAAAACCAUUCUAAAAAGCAUCAAAAGCAGAAAUUCAAGAUACCUAGAAUAGUGCACAAUCUUCAGUUAGGUGAUAGGGGCACUUCCAGACAGAAAAAACAUGUUUUUAUUCACAACUCUAAGUCCAUGGAGAGAUUUAUUGGCACUCUUGACCAAGCUACACCUUUGCAGUGUUUCUCUGACAUAGAUGUUUGUCAGCUAUCAAAGUUGGAACAGGAAAAAACUGAUUAUGCCUACCAUGGUAUCAACGAUAAGCUGGAUGAGGCAACAGAAGCUCUUGUGAACCAGAAACUUUACAUGGCUCAGUGCCUCUCAAAAGAUGGCAGAGGCCAACAUUCAAAAGAAGUUAUGGAUGCAUUGGAGAUACUGAAUUUGAACAAGGAAUUGUUUAUCAAACUUCUUCAUGAUCCUAAUUCACUUUUAGCCAAACAUAUCCAAGGAUUAAAAAAUGCUGAAAUGGAGAAAAUGUCAAAAAUGGAGUCAAACAAGCCUUUGGAUGCUUCAGAAUUGUUAGAAGACACUGUAGAUCAAAUAUUCAGCAAUCAUAAUGAAAAGAAGUUCUAUGGAACGGGGCAUAAAUCGUGGGGCAGAAACCAAUCACUAACAAAAGGCCAUGGCUCUCAGAAUUCUACUCAAAUUAUUGUUCUGAAGCCUGGACUCCCUAAUAUAAAUGUCAGCUUGAGUCCAAGCACUUCUCCACAAUCUCAUUUUGACAUGAGACAGCAGGUUGGAAAGAAACUGACGGCUCCUUUUUCUCUUAAGGAGUUCAAACGGAAGUUGAAACAUGCAAUAUUGGAUGCAAAAGCAGAGCAGCAUCAUGUAUCCAUGGAUGGUACUCCUCAUAGGUUCUUUCAUGGAUAUCAGGGUUUUAAAGAGGUUAACAGUGGUUCAGCCAAGAGAUACCUAGGAUGUGAAUCUUCGGACCUUCGUAAAAGAACUACUAGAUGGGUACAAAGUGAAAGACGGAGAGAGAAAAGUCAUAAAUCUUUGAUAUCGAAGGGCAUCAUUGUUGAUGAGUUAUCUUCACCUCAUGAUUUCAACUGUCUUGAAAACAAGAACAUACCAUAUCCUUGCUCAUUUUCAGAGCCUAGAGACUCAGCUAGUACAGGAGAAUUUCAGAAGCUUCUAUCUGAGAUCAUCAAUGUCACAGAUGCUGAUGAGCCUUUCUCAAGCAGACCACCUACUACUACUCUAGGGAGAUUACUUUCCUUGCCUGAGUGCAGCGUAUUAUACCCUACUUUCAGUCCUCAAAGAGGCACCUCUGAUGAGGUCCAAGCUUCUUCUUGCCAUAAGCACCUGGGUCCUGAAUGUGAGUCAGAAUGCAGAAUUCCAGCAAAGGAAGACCUGGAAGAGCCUGUGCAGAUUGAGGCAGGUGGACCCUCUAGAGGGCUUGAGAAUGGCAAUCUAGAAAAAGGGACCUGCAGUGAAAGAAUCGAGAGUCCAAUAGGCAAUAAAAGCAGAAAGGAACCAGCAGAUGCCGAGCAAGAAAUAAGUGAAACCAAGCUUUCUCAUCCUGCUGAACCUGAUCAUAUGGAGGAGCAGUCAGGAGGUCCCCAUGUGUUACACAUCUCUUAUUCAUCACAACAAACGGAAGAGAUAGUCAACUUGGAAUGCUUGACACUAGUAGACGAGGUCUCUUCAGAAGAUAUAGCCGUUUCCUCCCCAUGCAUUCCCUCAGAUUACGAAGCUUCCAAUCCAUCUGUAUUAUCAGAGAAUGUCUGUGAGAAGCAUCAGCAGCCAAGUCCAGUUUCAGUUUUAGAGGCAGAUUUUACUGAAGACUUUUCAAGUCCUGAGAUCUGUGUCCCCGUCCCACAAGAUGUUCCUAUAAAGCCUCGGAAAAUCCAUUUUGAAGAGGUAGAGUAUUCUCAAAGUAGGGAGGGACUCUCUGAUAAGGAUGGAAUGCUUGCAACAGCUUCACUCUCAAGAAUGGCUACGGGAAAUUGUUUACAGCUCAAAGGAGUGGAUUAUGAGUACGUGAGAAUGUUAUUAGAAGCUUCAAUUCUGACAGCUGAUAUGGAACUUGAUCCAUGUUGGGAUUCCAUAAACCAGCCCCUACACCCAUCCAUAUUUCUCCUGGUGGAUCCACCUUCUGAAGUUUCAGUGGAUCAGUUGCUUCUCUUUGAUUGUGUUAAUGAGGUUCUUCUGGAGAUAUUAGAGCGAUCCUUUGGAUUCUGUGAACGGCUCAACAUUCGACCUUUCCCAAUAGGUGAACGCCUCCUUGAAGAGGUAUGGGCAGGGAUAAACAGCCACCUUGCCAUCCACUCCAACGAAUCACCGACAUUGGAUCAUAUUGUUGGGAGAGAUCUUGCAAAGAGCAACAAAUGGAUGGACCUUAGAUUGGAUACAGGGAGCAUAGGAGAAGAGAUUGAAGUGUGGUUGCUGGAAGAUUUAAUAGAAGAGGCUGUAACUGAACUUGGAAGGGGUCAUAACAUUUUGGAUUGUCCAUACGUCAGUCAUGGAUGACGUCAGAGAGGCUUGAUUAGGUGGUCUUUGUUUUGAUAGUUUGUCUAUAUCAGAAAUAAGUUGUGUGUUCAUAAUUGGUUCAUUUGGUUUAUUUCUUUGAACAGUCCCUCAUAAAAAGCCUGUUUUGUGGUAUUUUUCUUUCUUUCGGUGAAAGGGCAGGCUUGUUUGUAUGUAGUGUGAUUAACAGAAUAACAUAUUGAUGUUACCAACAGAAAGUUUCCUUUUCUCUUCAAGAUUUUCCUUGUGUGAACAAACAGUAUUCAACAUUUAUGUACUGAGAGAGGGAGAGGGAGAGAGCACUUCAUGAAUAUCAAUCUCU